AUGAGUUCCAGCAAACCUUCGCCACGACCUGUCACAGUCGCGGCCUGCCAACUUGGGCCUAUCCAUCUCGCAGAUUCCCGAGAUGACGUCUUACAGCGUAUGUUGUCGCUGCUAGACCAAUCCGCCGAGCAGGGAGCCAAGCUCGCAGUCUUCCCAGAGCUUGCUUUCACUACGUUCUUCCCCCGGUAUCUGCUAGAGGAGAAAGAGUUAGAUCAGUACUUUGACGUGGAAGAUCCCAAAAAAGGUGGUAUUGAACAGUCUCCUUCUGUAAAGCCUCUCUUCGAUUAUGCCCGGUCUCUUGGUAUCGAUGUCUAUGUGGGAUACGCCGAAAGAAGCCCCCAACAAGACGGGUCACACAUCGACUACAAUUCCUGUGUCUAUUACUCGGCACAGGCAGACCGAGUGGUCGGAAAGUACCGCAAAGUCCAUCUGCCAGGAACCGUGGAGCCGCACACUGAACCUGGUGCGUUCCAGCAACUGGAGAAACGUUAUUUUCGCCCAGGCGACCUUGGCUUUCCCGCAUUCCGAGCGCCCGGGCUGGUUGAAGGGGCAUUGAAGAAGUCAGAUGCGCGCCGUAGCCCCGCUGAGACCGCUGGGAGAGGAGAUCCGAUUGUCGGGAUGCUGAUUUGUAACGACCGACGAUGGGCCGAGGCCUGGCGCGUGUAUGCAAGUGGCCACAAGCUGGACAUGAGUGACGAAGAAGCCGAGGCCAUGGGCAACAGUUAUAUGAAUGCAUGCUUCAGUAUCAAUGUAGCCAAGACGGGCGCGGAGGAUGGCCAUCCGCUUGUGGGAGGGACGAUGAUUGUCCACCCACUAGGUCACAUCAUUAAAGAGGCCACCACCAAGGAAGAUGAGCUGGUUGUUGCCACCAUCGACCUCGCAGAUUGUCAUCGACCGAAGAAUACGGUCUUCGCCUUUGAGAAGCAUCGGCGAACAGAGCACUACCAUAAGAUCCUGCAACAGACCGGGGUUGUUGAGCCGGAACUGCUAUAG